AUUUUAUUUUUCAAAGUGAAACCCUCGUCGUCGUCUCUAGUCUGAACUUUUUCAAUCUCUCUCGAUUUCAUUCAAUCAAUGGCGCCUAAGAAAAUCGGAGCCGGCAAAGGCGAUUCGAGCAUCUUGGCGAAGAUUUCAAACUACGAUAUCGUUUCUCAGGGAAGACGCGCCGCUUGCGAUGCCGUCUACGUGUCGAAGAAGCUGUUAAAGAGCACCGGGAAGGCGGCGUGGAUCGCCGGUACGACGUUUCUCAUCCUUGCCGUGCCUUUGAUCUUAGAGUUGGAGCAAGAUCAUCGAUUAGGCGAGAUAGAUUUUGAGCAGGCGAGUCUUCUCGGAACCCCACCGGUCGGUGCGAUGCUCUAAAGUAACUUUAGAAACCCUAAUCCGUCGAUCAUAUCAUAAAUUUGAUAUUAUCAUGCUUGUUUCUGCUACUCGAUUAGAAGCUGUUAGUUUCCUUCCUUGUGUAAGAUUAGGUUUACUCAUAAGGGAUUUGAUGAAUUUCAAUUGGCUAUUUUGAAGAUUGUGUUUGAGCAAUCUUCUUCUAAUUUAUUUGGCAAUUUAUGAUGUGGGCUGAGAUUUUCUCCGUACAAGUGAUUAUUCUUUUAAUCUCAUAGCUGUGACUCACUUUGAGUGGAGCAUCAAUCUUCGAAAUUUUAUUUGGCAAUCUGGUUAAGAAUAUAGGUAAGGAUC